UGAGUCUCUGUGUCGUCUGUAUGUGUGAGAGUGAACAACCGUCAAAAUGGCUCAUCAGGGAGUUCUGCUGGACCAGGACCAGUUCUGUUGUUCUGUCUGUCUGGAUCUACUGAAGGAACCAGUCACCAUCCCCUGUGGACACAGUUACUGUAGGAGCUGUAUUGAGGGCUGCUGGGAUCAGGAUGUUCUGAAAGGGGUCUAUAGCUGUCCUCAGUGCAGAGAGACCUUCACUCCAAGGCCUAAUCUGAGGAAAAAUAACAUGUUGGCUGAUAUGGUGGAGAAACUGAGGAAGACAGGACUCCAGACUGCUCCCCCUCCUGCUCUGUGCUAUGCUGGACCUGGAGAUGUGGCGUGUGAUGUCUGCACUGGGACCAGAAAGCAGAAAGCCCUCAUGUCCUGUCUGGUGUGUCUGGCCUCUUACUGUGAGACUCACCUCCAAUCUCACUAUGAAUCUCCUGCUUUGAAGAAGCACAAGCUGGUCAAAGCCACCGCACAACUACAGGAGAAGAUCUGCUCUCAUCAUGACAAACUGCUGGAGGUUUACUGUCGUACCGAUCAGCAGUGUAUCUGUAUGCUGUGUACAAUGGAUGAACAUAAAGGCCAUGAUACAGUGUCAGCUGCAGCAGAGAGGACUGAGAAACAGAGGCAGCUGGGGAUGAGUCAGCAGAAGGUCCAGCAGAGAUUCCAGGAGAGAGAGAAGGAGCUGAAGGAGCUCCAACAGGCUGUGGAGUCUCUCAAGCGCUCUGCACAGGCAGCAGUGGAGGACAGUGAUGAGAUCUUUACUGAGCUGAUCCGCUCCCUUGAGAGAAGGAGCUCUGAGGUGAAGGAGCUGAUCAGAGCCCAAGAGAAGGCUCAAGUGAGUCAAGCUGAAAGACUCCUGGAGCAACUGAAGCAGGAGAUAGCUGAGCUGAGGAAGAGAAGCACUGAGCUGGAGCAGCUCUCACACACAGAGGAUCACAUCCAUUUCCUCCAGAGUUAUCAGUCUCUCUCCAGUAUCUGUGUAUCUUCAGACUUACCCAGCAUCGUUGUCCGUCCUCUUCAGUACUUUGGAGAUGUGAGUAAGACUGUGUCUGAACUGAGAGAGAAACUAGAAGACUUCCUUAAAGGAGAAUGGACCAAGAUCUCCACUACAGUGAAUAUAGUGGAUGUUGUACUGCCUCCAGAGCCCAAGACCAGAGAACAGUUGUUACAAUAUUCCUGUCAGCUCACACUGGACCCAAACACAGCAAACACACACCUCUCUCUGUCUAAAGGGAACAGAAAGGUGACCUAUACAGACCAAGUCCAACCAUAUCCUGACCAUCCAGAAAGAUUCACCUACUGGUGGCAGGUUCUGUGUAGAGAGGGUCUGUCUGGACGCUGUUACUGGGAGGUGGAGUGGAGUGGGGAUUGGGUUAAUACAGUAGUCUCAUGUAAAGACAUCAGCAGAACAGAGGAAGAUGCUGGAUUUGGAGACAAUAACAAGUCCUGGAGUUUAGAGUGCUCUAGUGAUGGUUAUUAUUUCAGACACAAUAAUGUUAAGACUAAAGUAUCAGGCCCUCAGUCCUCCAGAGUAGGAGUGUACCUGGAUCACAAGGCAGGUACUCUGUCCUUCUACAGUGUCUCUGACACAAUGACCCUCCUCCACAGAGUCCAGACCACAUUCACUCAGCCCCUCUAUCCUGGGUUUUAUCUCUAUGGUACUGCUGAGCUGGUUAAACUGUAGUAGGGUACACAUAGAAACUAGUCAUGCUGGUGUAGUCUAUAGCUGAGCUGGUUAAACUGUAGUUGGGUCCACAUAGAUACUAGUCAUGCUGGUGUAGUCUAUAGCUGAGCUGGUUAAACUGUAGUUGGGUCCACAUAGAUACUAGUCAUGCUGGUGUAGUCUAUAGCUGAGCUGGUUAAACUGUAGUAGGGUCCACAUAGAUACUAGUCAUGCUGGUGUAGUCUAUAGCUGAGCUGGUUAAACGGUAGUAGGGUCCACAUAGAUACUAGUCAUGCUGGUGGUGAUGGUCCCCAGAUGUGAUGAUUCUUUUAUCUUUUAUCUAGUUUUAUCUACAAUGAUUUAACUGAUUUGAUCUUCAGAAGAUGUUAUGAAUUAAAAUUCAUUGUUUUCAUAUUUUAGUAAUUGCAAUGUUUUAAUCUUGUACAUUUCCAUGAAUCAUGAUGUCUGGUGUUGAUGUAUAUUGGUUGUCAUUCAGAACCAUUGAUAUGUUUUCUCAGUUGGUUCUCUGUCUCUAUGUAAUUCUCCUUAGUAUCAUUGAUCAGCUUGUUGGUCCUAAUUGAUGUGUUCUCUGUCACCUGGAGCUGCAUGGAAAAUGGUCCAGGAACUAAAGGACAAUUCAGGACUAGUCAGCCCACUACAAGCUGGUAUCACUUAUUUCUACUAAACUAUAUGGACUGGUUUCCCAGACACAGAUUAAUCCUAGUCCUGGACUAAAAAGUAUGUUCAAUGUAGAUGUCCAGGAAACCGUCCCUAAAUGUGUCAUCUUUCAUCCUCCCAUACUGCUCAGUCCAGCAACAUUAAACCUGUCCAGCAGGUGGUGCUAUUGACCAAACAAUAAAACCAGCAGAUAUCUUGA